AGCCCUGGAUCAGGCCCCCUUCCCAGGCUAGCUAGGCCGGAGUGAUUACGUUCUUAUGAUGCGUUGACGGCCCUCGUCUCAGCUGUUUGUUGGUACAAUCAGCUGCUUCGUUCUUUUUCCGGAAGUCCUCCGCAGCGAAACAUUCGACAGUUGGACGGACGACGACCCGCACCAUGGUGAACGGCCGUUUGCCCACGAAUUAUUCCAAGGUGUACGCCACUCCCCGACGACCUUUCGAAAAGGCUCGUUUGGACCAGGAGUUGAAGCUCAUCGGAGACUAUGGACUACGUAACAAGCGCGAGGUCUGGCGCGUCAAAUUCGCCUUGGCCAAGAUCCGCAAGGCCGCUCGUGAGCUCUUGACCUUGGAGGAGAAGGAUGCCAAACGCCUGUUCGAAGGUAAUGCGCUCUUGCGUCGUUUGGUCCGCAUUGGUGUCUUGGACGAGAGCCGCAUGAAAUUGGAUUUCGUGUUGGGCCUAAAGGUCGAAGAUUUCUUGGAACGCCGCCUCCAAACCCAGGUGUUCAAGUUGGGAUUGGCCAAAUCCAUCCAUCACGCUCGCGUCCUAAUCCGUCAGCGUCACAUUCGUGUCCGUAAGCAAGUGGUGAAUGUGCCCAGCUUCGUGGUGCGAUUGGAUUCGCAAAAGCACAUUGAUUUCUCCUUGAAGUCGCCCUUCGGAGGCGGACGACCCGGACGCGUCAAGAGGAAGAACGCCAAGAAGGGAGGCGAUUCGAAACAAGAGGAAGACGAGGAUUGAUCUAACAGAUAGCGAUCAUUAUGAUGGUGGAACAAUAAACAAAAGCCUCCGCUCUGUUGA